AUGAUAGAGAGUGACUAUGGUCUCUGCAAUAUUUGUUUUGAAUCAGUACCAUGUGCUAAUAUGUUAGUGCUUUCAAAAUGCGGGUGCUCCUUCUGUCGAGAGUGUUUGACAAUGUACGUCAUUUCUGUUCUGCGCGAUCGGAUUGAUAUCAGUUGUUCAUGUCCAAGUUACAGAUGUAGUCAAGGUGGAUGGCUGACAGAUUCCGAGAUCAAGGAAUUGCUGCCGUCUGAUUUUUAUGAGCGUUUUUCUAUGAAAAAGCUUCAACGAGAAGUUGAACAAAAUGUCAACUUGACAUUUUGCCCAGCGGUGAAUUGUGGUGCUGUCUGCCAAAUUUCUGCUAACCUAAAUAUGAAUUUAUCGAACGGUACAAAUCCACCUCUCAAAAGUAAUAGACGUGCUCUGAAACGCUUUUGCAGAUGGUAUAAAAGACGUAUUUGCAAUUCACAUGAGCAUGAUGCUCCCAAUCCUAAAGGUGCGGUUUUUCAUGACAGCAGCGGCCUGAGGAUUCCAAACAUAUCUUAUGCAACAUCAAAUAAUACUGUCAUAAGUAAAAUCGGAGACCGUGUGACGAAAUCUCUUGAUCAAUCUGUGGAACAAAAGGAUCUACCCUUUGUUGCAGAACGGGGAGCGUUAGCAUAUCAAGCAACACCUAGUCGUCCAGCUGUGCGGGUUGUAUGCAAACGGUGUUCUCAUGAGUUUUGUGCUCGUUGUCAUUUAAACUGGCACGUGGGAGGCGGACCUUAUGUAUGCGAAGAAACCAUUGAAAAUAUUGUGCACCGAAAAAAACACAAGAAAUUUGGCACUCGGUUAUCAAAUCACCAAGAUUCAUGUGAACACCUGGAAAAAAAUGUGGAUACCUUAACUGCUGCGAAUCAUAUAGGCCUUUAUCCAUAUUUAAGUCCUGAAACUUCUGUCAGAAGCAAACUACCACAUACAGAAGCGAAACCGGAAUACAUUAAUAAACUAACGUCUUUGAAAAAGCCCACUGAAAAAGACAAAAUCAAGAAAAUAUCCUUCCAGCGAUCUAAGACAAAACAAAGUAGUUAUUCUCAAAAGCACACAGGUAUUCAUCUCUUCAACAAUGAUAUUAGCGAUAAUAUUGAUGUCUCCGUCCUAACCGUGGGGUUCCCUCCGUAUUCUCCAGAUGACUGGUUAAAACGUUGUCCAGCUUGUCUGGUACCUAUUGAACGCAUAGAAGGUUGUGCCCAAAUGAUGUGCCGGUCAUGUAAACAUACUUUUUGCUGGUAUUGUUUAACAUCAUUAGAUGAUGACUUCUUAUUGCAGCAUUAUGAUGACGGCGCUUGCAAAGGUAAACUUGGGCAUUCUCGUGCAUCAGUAAUUGGUCAUCGUGUUUAUGUAGCAAGCUGA